AUGGAUCAAACCUAUCCUGAACUCAGUUGGAAUCAGACAUCGCCUGGAACAUGGCAGCGCAGCAUCGACGAGGUCGAGGAGUUCUACUCCGCCAUGCCGGUGCUGUACGGGGGCAGCGGUCUCAUGUUCUUCGCCAUCACCGGCCAUGUCUCCCUGACCUUUGACAUCACCGGGAUCAGCGACCUUUCCGAUGCCAGUAGACGCGUUGACCAAGCUCUGAAGAAUGCCUGGCUGACUCUGCGUUAUGACCAUCCUACCAUCGCCUCGCAGGUCAAUCGGGACCUUGCCACAGGGAAAUGGACAAAGACCUACCGGUAUUUCAAAGACAAGGCCGAUCAGCAGUCCUGGAUCGACAAGACCCUUGUCCACACUUCUAGCGGACAAACUGGCGUGCAAUGGGCCAACUCACAGCCACCAGCACCAAAGGUUCCAACCCUCUUCGUCCUCAGCCCGCUGUCUGACGGUGCCGGCGUUAUACGCCGCGACCUCGUCCUCCGCUCACCCCACGACAUCAUAGACGGCAUCGGCACCCUCACCCUCAUCAACAACCUCAUCGCCCGCGCCUCAACAGCAUUCUCCUCAGGCGAUGCCUACAUUCUCCCCACCUUUGACGGCUCCGAGGCCGCAAACCUCAGCCCGCCCUAUCGCAUCGCCGCCAACGUCCCACCAACCCUCACCGACGCCCAGAACCAGCGCCUAGCCGACAUGGCCGCCCAGAAAUCCGCCGCGAUGAACGCCCCCGCCGGCAUCGAAAUCAUCGACAUGCCCUAUCGACGCGGCAAACUCGUUCCCGGCCGCCACCAGCGCGUCGCCGUCACCCUCACAAGAGAGCAGACCGCCCGCCUCACCGCGGCGUGCAAGUCCGCCGACGCGACCGUCACGCACGCCUUCCACGCCGCCAUCGCCCUCGUCAUGCGCGACCUCCAGCCUCGACAGAAACGCGGUCCCGAGCCCAAGCGGGUGCGCUACGUCAACUACAUCCUUCGCAACGAGCGCGCAAGCUGCCAGCCGCCGUAUAACUCCGCCAAGCACCCUGCCGCGCUGUACCACUCCGUCCCCGGCCAGAGCCUGGUCGUCGACAUGGACCUUCCCACCGCAGGCGACGAUGCCAGGCCACCCCGUGAAGACGAGUUCCUCCCCGUCGUCCAGCUGAUGAAGGACUUCUAUCACGGCGUCAAGGACGACAAGGAACACUACGCCCUCGCGCCCACCAUAUGGGCCGCCGGAAACCCGGUAGUACCAAUCUCACCCGAACACCUCCCCGUGCCGCCCCCCAAAGAACAUCCUUCCGUAUCAAUCUCCAGCAUGGGCCGUGUCGACGGCAUCAUCUCCCCAAAGACGGGCGCCAUCGAGGCCUACGAUCCGUGGGUGACCGGCGAGGAGUUGGGCAACGGCCUGGGUCUCUUCCUGGGUACGUUCAGGGGCGAGCUCUGUCUCAGCGCCGCGUUCAACGACGCUUGGCACACCGAAGCUGAUGUCUUGGACUUUUUAAAACGCUGCGAGACUGUUGUUUUCCGUGGUUUAGGCCUCUCAAGUGAUUGA